AUGCAUACAUCUGCACUCAUCUCAACAACAGAUAAGAAAAUAUCAGAAAUUAGCACCACAGGAAACUACCAUUCGUCCACUACUAAACACGCCUUAGCCAAAGGCCACAAUUUCGCGGUAGCCCCAACUAAACUCCCAAACGAGACAAUAAUUAGUCAUAUAGAAACAGCCAUACACUUUCUUCCCCAAGAACCUGCUAACAAUAUCCGCAGACUAGUGGCUAACAUACUCAAUAAAUCAAAAUUGCCAACUCAUAAUCUUACUAGAUCUGAACGCUGUGCUUUGAAACAAGUAAAUCAAGACAGAGAUAUUAUCCUUCCAGCAGAUAAAGGCAAUACAACAGUGAUCAUGAAUAAAACAGAUUAUGACACUAAAAUUCAGACAUUACUUACAGACUCCACAUAUGAAAAACUUAAGAAAGACCCUACUGCUUUAUUAAACACUCUCACCACCAAUCUCAUUAAGAAAAACAAUCUCCCAAACGUGUUAAUACCCAGAAACGCGGUACCACCUAGACUAUAUGGACUACCCAAAAUCCAUAAAAACAACAUACCCCUCAGACCGAUAGUAAGCGCUAUAAACUCACCUACAUACGAUCUAGCUCGCUUCCUGGUCAGCAAACUAGAACCUCUCACGGGUAAAACUGACACCACGAUAAAAAACUCAUCUGACUUCAUUUCUAAAAUCAAAAACAUCAAACUUCAACCUAAUGACAUUUUGGACAGUUUUGAUAUUGUGUUUCUGUUCACGCAGGUACCAAUCUAUGACACCAUUAACAUAAUUAAAUCUUCAGGUCAACUAUCAUCCGACCUCAUAUCAUUGGUAGAACAUUGCCUGACCACAACCUAUUUCACCUACAAUAACCAAUUCUAUAAACAAAUCACAGUUGCAGCUAUGGGAUCACCGAUAUCUCCAAUCAUAGCAAACAUAUUUAUGGAACACUUCGAAACCCAGGCCAUCAAAAAAGCCCCACUAAAGCCACAAACAUGGUACCGGUACGUAGAUGACACCUUUGUCAUUUGGCAACAUGGGGAGACAGAACUCUAUACCUUUUUAGACUUUCUCAAUAAACAACACCCAAACAUUACCUUCACAUUAGAAACAGAACAACAUGGUAAACUUCCAUUUUUAGAUGUUCUGAUCACAAGAAAACCAGACGGCUCUUUAGGCCACCAAAUCUAUAGAAAACCCACCCACACCAAUCGAUAUUUACACGCGGCAUCACAUCAUCACCCAGCCCAAAAACAAGCUGUGAUAAACUCGUUGAUCUAUAGAGCAUUUACUAUAUGCGACAAAGACAGCAUUCAAAACGAACUCAAAGAAUUAAAAAACACUCUCCAACAUAAUGGCUACACUGCAACAAAUAAACAAAGUAAUUAA